GAACACGAUGCCUCCCGCGAGUCGGCUCGCGGACACCUCGCGAGCUCGGCUGAAACGUUAUAGCCCGCUUUUGUAUGGGAAAGAGGGGCUCGCGUGACGGACCGCGGCGCCCGCUGAUGUCUGGCGCUCACGCGGCCGGAGCGAGCGCGCGGCCAGCCGGCAUUCGACACACUUUGUUUGUCCGCGUUUAACACACACACUCUCUCUCCCGAGCUCGCUACCCUGAAGCUUGUGUGUGUGUGUCCGUGUCCCCUCUCUCAGCUCGUCUCUCUCGAACCCCGAACUCCAGCAGGCAGCAGGGCAGCCCAGGACAGCAUGGUCAUGGCGGACUGUCACCAGAGAGCGACGCUCCGGGGUCCCGUCCGGGUGGGCUUCUAUGACAUCGAGCGCACUUUGGGAAAGGGCAACUUUGCCGUGGUGAAGCUCGCGAGACACCGCAUCACCAAGAGCGAGGUCGCCAUCAAGAUCAUCGACAAGACUCAGCUCGACGCCGUGAACCUGGAGAAGGUUUACCGAGAGGUGCAGAUCAUGAAGAUGCUGGACCAUCCGCAUAUCAUCAAGCUGUACCAGGUCAUGGAAACCAAGAACAUGCUCUACCUUGUGACGGAGUACGCCAAAAGCGGGGAGAUUUUUGACUACUUGGCCAGCCAUGGGCGUCUGAGCGAGACGGAGGCGCGGAGGAAGUUCUGGCAGAUCCUCUCGGCUGUGGAGUACUGCCACAACCGUCACAUCGUCCACCGCGACCUGAAGGCCGAGAACCUGCUGUUGGACGGACACAUGAACAUCAAGAUUGCAGACUUUGGCUUCGGGAACUUCUUCAAGCCCGGGGAGCCCCUGGCCACGUGGUGCGGCAGCCCCCCCUAUGCCGCCCCCGAGGUAUUCGAAGGACAGCAGUACGAGGGUCCUCAGCUGGACAUCUGGAGCAUGGGCGUGGUGCUGUAUGUGCUGGUGUGCGGUGCUCUCCCGUUCGACGGGCCCUCGUUGCCCGUCCUGCGCCAACGAGUCCUGGAGGGGCGCUUCCGCAUCCCUUACUUCAUGACGGAAGACUGUGAGCACCUGAUCCGGCGCAUGCUGGUUCUAGACCCUUCCAAGCGGCUCUCGGUGGCCCAGAUCAAGGAGCACAGAUGGAUGGCGAUGGAGGUGCCCGUACAGCGCCCCCUUCUGUACCAUCAGGGCACAACUGUUGAGGGUGAGGCCAGCAUGGGCAUGGCCAGUCUGGGCGGGUACAGUGAGCAGGUGCUGCGUCUCAUGCACAGCCUUGGCAUCGAUCAGCAUAAAACCAUCGAGUCCCUGCAGAACAAGAGCUACAACCACUUUGCUGCGAUCUACUUUCUGUUGCUGGAGCGGCUCAAGGCUCACCGCUGCAGCUUCCCGGCCGAGCAGCGGUUGGACCCCCGCCAGCGCCGGCCCAGCACCAUUGCCGAGCAGACCCUCGUCAAGAGUAUGCGCCUGCUUCGAACCCCUGGCCCUCCUCAGCCUCCAGCAGACACCUAUGCCUUCCCGCAAUCCCCCUGUCCGCCUGAGCUCGGCCUGAUGGAGGAGGACGUGGGCACGCCCAAGGUCACCGGCUGCCUCCUGGACCCCUUGCCCCCUCCGGUGCUCCUGCGAAAGUCCAGCGCCUCGUCUCCAAGCAGCAUGAUAGAGACCUCGAUCGACGAGGGCAUCGAGGCCGAAGGGCCCGAUGCCGAGGAUGACAGCACCCACGUCUUUGCAGCGUUCCAAACCGCCCGAUUCGGCCACCGGAGACACACUUUGUCUGAGGUCACCAACCAGCCAGGUGUGGUCUCCAGCGCAGCAAGGCUGGCGAGUCUGGCCCACAACCCCUCCCUGGGCAGCAUGGACUCGGAGUAUGACGCGGGCUCCGUGCACAGCGACCUAGGGCUCCUGGAGGACCAACUGUCGCUCGGCGACGUGCCGCAAGCCGACAUCCCUUUCACGAGGAAGGCCUGCAUGGACGUCGAGCCCCCCGACCCCUCCGUUCCAGCGCUGAGUUUGCAGUGGAGGGAAGCCCACAAUCGCUCUCCUGUGUGCUUCCGGGAAGGCCGGCGCGCCUCAGACACCUCCCUCACACAAGGGCUCGUGGCGUUCCGGCAGCACCUGCAGAACCUGGCUCGGACCAAAGGGAUUCUGGAGCUCAACAAGGUUCAGAUGCUGUACCAGCAGAUGGGUUCCGGAGAGGACCCCCUCGCCCACCCCCAGGGCCUUCACUUGCAGGAGUUCCUGGACCCCAUGCUGCAGAGUGACACAUCCCAGCAGCUGGACAGCGUAGCCAUGUUCAAUGCCGGAGUCCCACCGUCACUGCUGUCCCGCAGACAGAGCCUGGAGACGCAGUACCUGGCCCAUCGGCUGCAGAAAGCCAACGUUAUGGUGAGCGGCCCCAGCAACUGCCAGAUGUUCUGCAAAGAGGCACCACGGAGUCUGGAGCAGCAGCUACAGGAGCACAGGCUGCAUCAGAAGAGACUCCACCUCCAGAAACAGUCCCAGUUGCAGAGCUACUUCAACCAGAUGCAGAUAGAGGAGGGCUCUUACCCCACGUGCCCUGCUGUGGUGCCUCAGGAGCCUGCCCCCCCACCACAACAGCACACGCCCAUUGUGGCUCUCGGCCCCCUAAUGGAGCCCGGCACGGAGACCCCGAACUACGAUUGCUACGUGGGGCAAUACGCGCAGUUCUGCCCCCCACCGCUGCACCCAGGCGCGGUCGAGCCGCUGGACUACAGCUACGCCCCCUGCGAGGUGCCGCUGCUGGCGGCCGAUCCGCUGUAUGCCAGAUCGCUUCAGUACCCGCUUGAGCCUGGGCAGCCUCCCCCACCCCCACCGGCCCCACCCUGUGCUGAUCUCCACAGCCCCUACCAGGGUGCUGAGAUGAUGGAAACGGCGGACUCGCAGCAAGGGUUUGUCCUGGUUAACUAGGUGAAAGCUCCCGCACCCGAAAACGGGGGGAUGGCAGGUUGGGGGAGGGGUGACGGACAUUGGUGCGGUGUCUGUGUUGCUAAUACUACUCUGGAUAUUGUGUACCUCAGAACCUGUUUUUACCAAAAUUCCCCCUUACCUCACCGUGUUGAACCCCAAUGCUCCGUGAUGGCCCAGUCCCUGAUGGAGGCUGGGGGCACGGGAGAGCCUCGCUUAAGAGGGCUCGAGUGAGCGUCAAGAGCGAUAUUCUUCUUCGUGUGGCCGAGCGUAGCGAGGGUUUCGUGGCAUGCGCUCCGUGGAGGCUCGGCUCCUCAGCCAAAAGCACAAAGCGCCACCAUGUCUGGGGGUGACGCAGGACAAGCACUUUGUGUUGAAGUGACUUUUCACACCAACGCAGGUAACAAUGAGCACAACGCAGGUGCAGCGACAGUGGAAAUUUUUUUUUUUUAGGUUGUCCAGCAAUAUUUGAGCAAUAUUUUUCUCUCGAAGUGAAUGAAGCCUUAAUACUCUCUAGGUUUCAGAAGGAAUGUCCUUAUUCUAAUGACCUGCGGCAUUUGUAACGGUUAGAGGACACAAACCUAAGUCACUUGGCACUGGAUUGAGAUGAGAAGCCUCAUCACAGCUGAUUUUCAACAACCUUCAAGUGGAAGUCCCCCCCCCCCCUCCUUUUCACACUUAUUAAAUCUACUUGAAACAGAAAUUACUGACUGCACAAACACUACUUUUCUGGAGAAACAGGAUGGCAGACAUAUGUCAAUAUUUGCAGCGAAAGCCACACUAUAAUAGACUGGGAAGAAUAAAGAUGCACUUUGAAGGACAUAAAAAGGAAACGUGGAGGAAGAGGUUAGCAUGAGCUGAUGAGGGAUGCUCUGGACCAAACGGUCUCUCUCGUCUUUUUCUCACGCACACACUUUCUCGAAAUGACAGCGAACAAUUCAGUUGGUUUGUACACAUUAGGGUAGAUUCCUGAACUCAGAAAUUCACGAGUGAUGUAUUCAUUGUACUAGUGCUGUGCCUUUUUCUUUGAAGAACUAAGUAAUUGUUUGGCUCCUCUUUGUUGUUUUUUGUUAUCCUUUAUGGAAAAGAAGAUUUGACUUUAUACAAAGGUACAAAACCAAAGUUCUUGCUGGAGUUUCCCUCUGUAGCCCACUAUGUGGAGUUCGGGGCUUCGUAGUUUGAUUCUACCCAGUGCUGUUCUGAUCAGUAUAAGCCGUACAGAAGUAUUAUAGCAAUAUUUAUGAAUAAUAGUAUGAUGAAAAUAGGGGUAGUGAAUGUGUUACAGUAUCCCUUUGUACCAUAUCUACUGAAGUACCAUCCUUUAGAGGUCUACUUUCACAUUUACCUUCAUUGAUGUUGACCACAUAUAAGCUAAUUUAAAGAGAGGUUUAUCUGAGCAAAUGCCAUGUGUGCACGAGUCUCUUUACUUUCUGCAUGCAGCGUCCUACCUACGUGUCCCAGUAGCCAGAAGAGCGAGGUCCCUGUGACUGCAGGAACAGGUGAGGCAGCCUCGCCUGCUUCUCGUGUAUCGUUUAUGGUCAAUUACUGGUGUUUAAUAGCUCUCUUGCAGUCAGCAACGAUUUACUUUUGGGACACUGAGGUCACUUCCUGCUCUGGUAAUAUUAGAGUGGAAGGAGAGGAAUCCCAUUAGUCUCUCCCUCUGAGCAGGUGUAGAACACACCUCUACAGGCUCCAGCGGGAGUGGAUAUCCGUCCUGGAGGACCUAAACGCAGGAACUGGAUGAAAGCACGGCACAGCUCAAACGCAUGUCUUACUACCCCUGCUGAUUCAGUCCUCAGGAAGAUAUUUAUAAAGCCUCUUUGGAGUACGCCCUUGACAGUUAAUGUAAAAAUAGGUGCAGUACACCUCCGGUUUAGGUAAUCAAAACUAUGCUCGAACCAUCUCAUUGUAUUUCCUGAGCCACUUAGUGAUUAAGGGAACAAACCUUGGCUUGUGACGAAUUUUACUUUAGCGCUCUAUAGGGUUCAGCGUUUAAGAUUCUCCCCCCACUUGCACUAAUACAUUCAGUCUAACUGCAUUGGGUGCCCAACUCACUGUGGAUUCCUCUUGGAAAGGAUUUAAUAUUGUAUGCUAAUAAAAUGCUGCCUCAAGAGGUGCUAUGAAACAGCAGUUCAUUGCUCUUAAAUUGUUUAAAAAGUUGUUAUACCUUGUUUGAGCUCUACAGUAAGAGCAGGCAGAGCUUCUAGGCUCCUCUGUCAAAGUGAAUCUGAGAGCGACCCUUCCAUCAGAAUUCUUCACCCAGUUGGACUGCACGUGGCUCCCGCCAGCAGCGUGGGGGGCAUGGACCCUACCCCUCAGGACUCCCUGCUGCCAAAACAAGCCCAAGCUCCACCUCCACUGCCGUUGCAUAAUACUGGAACAUGAACCGCAACAUCUGAGAACAAUCAGCCAGAGUGGCUCUCCCCUCUCCUCUGCUCCCCUCCCCCAGCAGACAGGAUGUAGCUGGGCUGACCACUGGAGAGGCAAGGGGAAGAAGACGUGCCCCACAGCACGAACUCACCACAUGUUGGUACACAGCGCCACUAUCCCACACAUUCCUUCGAGGCCUUUUUCUUAUCAUAGCUUCAGAGCCAUUGCAUAACAAGGAGGAGCAGCACUAAGUAGCACCAUCUCUCAGACAUUGAUGCGCCAGGCUGGUGGAAUACAGUUCACACACUAACUACACAUAAGCUCCAAACAUGACUCCGAUUAAGAUCCAACACUGCAUGGUUCCCAAAGUAAUGCCAAUCUGUCUUGCCACAAUCAUCUCUGAGGUACCACACAGUAAGAACUCAUUGUAUUUUUACACCAUUUUAUUAAGUUUGUGUGGGAAGCUAUAGCGAAGUGCCUUCCUCCCUUUCUGUAGGGAAGCAUAGGAGAACUGAAUGACACAAAAUCAGAGCACAGAGCAAAAAACAAAGACACAAAGAGUGGCCCAAGUCUAGAACUAGACAGAAGGGGUGAACAGCUGUAAACCGAGUCGUAUGUUAGCUUACAUUCUACGUUAUAUGCAGGCUCGGCUCUCUGCAGCAGCGGAAAGACACCCCAAAUGCCUGGCUUCCUACUCUUAGAUUCUUACACAAUGAACCUCUCUACCGAGAUGCUGUUGCACAGGGCCAAGGCAUGCUAAAAAAAAAAAAAA